CACACUAGACGUCAGCUGGUCAACGCCCCUCCCCCUCCCCUUAGCAACAGAACCAAGAUGGCGGCGCCCAGUAACAUUGAUCAGUCGACCGAAACACCUACGCCGUUAAAGAUCCCUAAAACUGAAGUUCCAUCUCCAGAAUCGGAGGAUCUGAGCGACAGCAACCAAUAUCAUUCCAACCCGUCUACACCCAAUCGUUUUUCACCACUCAACGUAGGUAUCUCUGUUUCUGGAGGCGCAGGCCGAAGUGGAACGGCCUCAGCUUCCAAUAGCUUUACCGCCUGCCGGGGCAUGUCGUGGACUCCGUCCGAAACAAAUGCCCUGAUUGCCGUUUGGGGUAACGAGAGGCUAACCGAAGCACGAAUGCAGCAGCUUGAGGUGGCAGGGACUGUAUUUUCUGGAAAGGCGCCGGGGCCAGCUAUGUACGAGCGGGUAUCCAGAGCCUUAGCGGAGCUGGGCUAUGAAAGGACCCCUUCCCAAUGCCGGGAAAGGAUGAAGACCCUGCGGCGAUGUUACAGCCGGGUAAAGGAGCACGGCAUUGGCAAAAGGAAGAGCAGCUACUCUAUCGAGCAGCUGGAGAAGGUGUUCGGCCAGGGCGGCUGGGAUUCGCAGACCUGCCAGCCCGUCCUCAUCAACAGCAGCGGCCUGUACCAGGAGAUGGAGUCAGACGGCAGCACGAUGGAAGACUACUCGCAGGAAGACUGGUGCAACCAGGAGCUGUCGUCGUUUCAGGAGAGAGACAUGGAGCCUGAGGAAAUCCAGCCUCCAAAGAACAGAGUACUACAGUUACGACAGGAACCAUCGAAUGACCACCAGAAGCAGGACGUGAUGCAGAACGUGGUGCGCAUCCUGGAGUCGGUGCACAUCAGCUGGGAGCACUUCCAGACGUGGACGGACUUCUCACGCCUGCACCUCUCCAACAAGCUGGCCAUCUUCGGCGUGGGCUACAACACGCGCUGGCGGGAGGACAUCCGCUACCACUACGCCGAGAUCAGCUCCCAGGUGCCCCUCGGCAAGCGUCUGCGCGAGUACUUCAACCCCGAGAAGGCCGAGGGCCGCGUCAUCAUGACCAAGGUGCAGAAGAUGAACUGGAAGAACGUCUACUACAAGUUCCUGGACAUCACCAUCAGCGAGGCGCGUUGCCUGGAGCUGCACAUGGAGGUGGAGUGGAUCCCCGUGGCCCAGUCCAGGGCCGCCGGCUGCAGCAACGGCUCCCAGUACCUCCUCCCGGGGGGUAUCCCCAAAACCUACGGCCUCUACGCCAUCGGGUACGAGGAGGUGGAGCCGGCCCAGGGGCCCUCCGGCUCGGGCGAGAGGCCCUCAUCGCCGGAGCCCAGCGAGCCCGACCCCGGCGCCGCGCGGUCGGAGAAAGAGGAGGAGGAGGAGGAGGACGAUGACGAGGAUGAGGAAGAGGAAGAGGCCUCGGCCAAAGUGACUUACUGCUUCCUGGGCAUCGCGGAGGACAGGACCCUGCAGCAGUGCCUGUUCCAGCACUUUCAGAGCUCGGGGAAGUACUACAGCCGCGGCGAGCCGUCCCCCGUCACCAAGUUCCUGCUGGGGAACUGCAGCGUGCGGGCCAAGGCGGGGGGCUCGCCUCCGGCGGCCAUUUACAUCAAGUUCAUCGAGGUGGAGCUGGACUUCCUCUCGGCCGGCUCUUUGGUGGAAUGUCUAGAGAUCGCCGUGGGCUACUCCUUAAAGUUCAACAAGAGGGAGACGUUGUAACGCUCCCUUUCCGGUCCGUUCCGGUGACUCCACGCAACGCGCGGAGUGACUAGCGGUUAGCAGCCAAAAGGGCGGGAAGCGUUUGUGUUUUCCGACCACCCCCUCGUCCCCUUUUCAGCGCAGCUACGCUCGUCUCAGGGAGUCCGUCCAUACCGUGGUAAACCGGG